AUGCCAGCCCCACCGAGCCGCCCUGCUGCUACUACUGCUGCUGUUGCUGCUGCUGCUGCUGCUGCUGCUGUUGCUCGUGCUACUGCUGCUACUGGUGGAGGUGCUGCUGGGAGUGCUGGAGGUGCUGCUGGUGCUGGAGCUGCUGGAGGUGCUGCUGGGAGUGCUGGAGGUGCUGCUGGUGCUGGAGCUUGUGCACGGCCAGCCGCGCCCGCGUUGCAGCAAGCCAGCCGCGCACGUGCACAGCCAGCCAGUCGCGCACACGCACGGCUGCCCGCCCAGCAGCAACCGCACGCGCAAGCGCAGCUGCGCACAUACCUACACCCGCGCGCGAAGCAGCAGCCGCACGCGCACCUGCACGCAUACCCGCACGCGCAGCAGCAGCCACACGCGCAGCUGCAGCCGCACCCGCAGCUUCUACAGCACGCGCAGCUGCAGCCACACGCACUGCAGCAGCCGCACGCGCACCAUCUCCCGCACGCGCAGCAGUAG